CUACAGUUCUCCCGAGAGCAGCAGAAAAUGACCAAGUCCCAGGGCCCGCCGUCGUUCGAGGACGUGGCUAUGGACUUCACGUGGGAGGAGUGGCGGCUGCUGGACUCCACGCAGAAGGCUCUGUACCGAAGUGUGAUGCUGGAGAACUGGAGCAGCCUUGUGUCCCUAGGGUUUCAGCUCAUCAGACCAGAUGUGACCUUCAGGCCGGAGCAGGAGCAGCCACGGGUACAUCCCGAGUCCGAGCUUUGCAGGCAAGGCCCCUGGGAGGUGGUGGAGUUAAAUUCCAGCUGGAAGUGAACAGUGAAGACGAAUACUGGAAAGUUGAUGAUUACAAAGCAUGGCACCAAGAAAUUCAAGACAGGAUUAAAAAAUUGGAACAAGUUCGUGAAAUGAAUCCAGGUGGAAAAAUAUUUCAGUCUGGCAUGAACCUUGCCUGUUUAAAGCAAAAAUCCAAUAAGCGUGUCUCAGCUGGAAAACAUUUGAAAUAUUCACUAGAUUUAUUUACUCAGACUGGAAACAGUGGAAGAAAGAAAGCUGGUAAGGUCAGUGGAUAUAAGAAAUCCUUUCUCUAUACUGCACAUGAAAAAA